UAGAAAUUCUGUUGUAGGAUUCUUCUUCCACAUAACCGCCAUUGAUGUCACCUCCUUACUUUAUAUAAGGCCUCAAGAACUUCAUAAUUUUUCCCGUUCUAUGUAAUGUGUUAAGAGAUUAAUUAUAUCACAUAUAUAAGUUGUAACCAAAUUAAUGGAAGGUGGUUUUAAGGCAACGUCUUAUUAUGAGAUUCUUGGCGUCUCCGUUAAUUCCUCGGCGGAGGAGAUAAGGCGAGCUUAUCGCAAACUGGCUAUGAAAUGGCAUCCUGAUCGAUGGACGAAAGAUCCUUUUAGGUCUGGAGAAGCAAAACGAAGGUUUCAGCUGAUUCAAGAAGCUUAUUCAGUGUUGUCGGAUCAGAAGAAACGAAGUAUGUACGAUGUGGGACUGUAUGAUACUCAAGAAGAUGAGGGAUACUAUGAUUUUGUUGAAGAGAUGGUUUCACUUAUGGCUCAGACGAGAAGAGAGGAAAAGCAAUACAGCUUGGAGGAGUUGCAGACAAUGAUCGAUGAUAUGGUCUGUGAGUUCCAAACAGAACCGUUAUUCCAGAACCAACCAAAGAAAAUGAAAUUCGACCUGAACCAACCGGCAGACUGGUCCUCACAUAUGUCUCUACCGGUUUCAAGCUUCGAGUUCUGUCCUCAGAGCAGCUACUGUAAUUAGAUCAACAUACUCAUAGUCUGAUUUUAAAUUUUGAUCUUAUGGAUUAAUAAUUGAAGAACCACGGUCCUUGGCCUCAGAAUCUCAUGCUUGAGUGACAGUCUACAGUUUUUUUUUUACUUGUGGGGCAAGAAAUUGCUCUGGGAGUUUUCACGUUUUGCUGUUGUUGACAGCUGACACUCGAAAUGUUGUCAGGGUUGUGAAUAAGUUUUCUUUAAAAAUCGGUCUGUAAUUGCGUUCUUCUAGUGCUUUUGUACCAAACAGAGAAGUUAAAAACAAUGGUAUAUCUUAGCCCAA